AUGGCGGAAAACGUACGGUCGCCUUUUGACUACCGGGAGCCGCCGACUCUCGACAGCGACGGAGAUGGGAGUAAACCGCCGCCGCCACGGGGGCGAGUGUGUGGGAGGAAAAGGAAGGGGACACCUGUGAAGGUGUGUGAUCGAGCAUACGUAACGGAGGAUGAGGAGGAGGAAAGCAUGUCAGAACACAGCUACAGCCCUGGUGAUGGCCAGUACCCAGAGGGUGCAGAGGACCGUCUUCCUCCACCCGGCAGUCCUUACUACCUGGCUGAUCCUUCUCAACUCUGUGUCCCAGAGCUGGGUGAGGAGGGUGCCAGUGGUGUGCUCUUCCACCCACCACCAAACUGUCGGAUCCGUGAGGUGCACUGCGGGAGUCAGGUGCGGUUGGUCGUCAUAGCAAUCCGAGACAUCGCAAAAGGGGAAGAGAUCACAGUAGAUUACAGCCUGACAGAUUGGGGAGAGAAUGCAAUGGAGGAAGAAGCUGGGCCCCACCCUCUUUCCCUCUCUGUCUCUGAUUACCUCACCCCCUCCUGGUCGCUAUCCCCUUCCUCAUCCCCACUCACCCAUUCUGAACCCAGCGACUCGGACCGCGAGGAGGACGAGGAGGAGGAAGAUGAUGAUGAUGACGAUGAUGAUGAAGAAGAGGAAAUGGAGGAGAUGAGGGGUCGGAUGCUACGCCGUCGCAAAAAGCGCAAGUUGGCCGCUGCUGUCAACUCAAAGAAGAAGAGCACAGCGGCCUCUGCCAGAGGACCCGGACGUCCAUGUUCGUCUUUCUCCCGACCAGCAGCCGUAGCACCCCCUUCCAGAUCCCAGUCCCAGCCCCCAGCCAGUGCCCUAGCGCCCCCUACCACAAACAUCAACAAUAAUAUUAACAUAAACAUUGGCAGCUCCAGUGGUGCCACAGUGAGCCGGCGGCAGCACUGCCCAUACUGUGGUCGCCACUACCGCUCGCUGGCACGCCACCUGGAGAAGCACCACGCCAACCAGCCAGAGGUCCGCACUGCCAUGGAGCUUGCGCACCUGCACUCACACAACUCCUCCAAUGGCAGCGCUUCACACACCCAUCCCUCAUCUUCCUCCAACUCCUCCACCGCCGCUCAUAGUCAUUCCUUUGCUGUUCCUCAGCCCUCCUCCUCCAACCCUGCGCCGCCCCCUCUCUUCUCCCGGGAAAGGGAGAGGGAGCCGCUAGCGACGCGCUCAGGCGCAGGCGCCGUCUCCUUUUCACUCUCCCUGUCCCCGCCUACCCCAGCUCAGCCGGCUGCCUCCAAGAAGGGGCCUAACCUAUCGCUACCCACCUCUAAAAGAGCCCCGCCCCCUGUGCAACAGCAGCAACAGCAGCAACAGCUGCAGAAGCAGAAGGAAGAGGAGGAGGAGGAGGAGGAGUGCUCCAGGAGUAAAGAGGAGCUCAUUCCUCCCCCAACUCCUGAACCAGAUGUAGACCCAGAUGAAGAGCUGGAGCUGAGUGGAGAAGGGGAGGAUGAAGCUCCUGAGGAGAAGAAUGGAGAGAUCUUGAGCUCCCACAGACAACCCAUGUCUCCGCUCCUCUCCUCCCUCUCCUGUUUGGUCCUCUACCUCCGCCGACAGCAGCACUCUUCCUUCCUGUCUCUGACUCGCUCCUCCCAUUCUGCCGAGGCCUGGCGCCUGCUCUGCCACUCCAGCCUCUCCCUGCUCAUCCUCUAUAACCGCCACCGUGAGUGUGAGGUUGCCAAACUCACCAUCCAGGACUACCGCAACCGCAUCACCCCGCAGGCCAAUCCCAUCAGCUCCCCCUCUGGCAUGGAGUCCCUCCUCUCUCCGUUUGAACGCCAGGUGCUCUGCCACCUCCCGCGGGCAGGCGUCCUUGGCAAGCGUGGCCGCAUCCAGCCACUCAUCCUCCCUCCACACUGUGAGUCCUGCCUGGAGCUGCUCCUCCAAACCAGCCCCAAUGUGGGAGUGGACCCAGAAAGCCCCUACGUCUUCUCGAGGCCCUACCACUCGCCCGCAACCCCGCUCAGGGGCACUGACCUGCUGCGGAACCUGGCACGGGCCAGUGGGGCCAAGAACCCCACCGCGCUGACGGCGACACGGGUGCGACGGCAGGUGGCCAUCCUGACCCAGCUCCUGCUGUUGGAGGAGGGAGAGGGCCAGGGGCCACCAGAAGGUGGUGCUGUCAAACGCGUGGAAGAUUUCCUAGAGCAUGAAUACCACGUGACCCAGAACUGCUCCACAAUUGUCAGGGACCCAGCACUGAUGGGCCGUGUGGGCCGUGUGGUGCUCUACGGGGAAAAGGAGGGUGUGCUUUUCCGAGGGAUGAGCCUGCAGCACAUCUGUCUGGAAUUGGAUGUGAUGUCUGGCAAUUCGGCAGACUCCUUUUCAGAUGAUUCGGCGGUAGAGGGCGAUAAGGAGGAAGUUAAGGAGAAAGUGGAGGCUGUGAUGAAGAAGAAAGGACCGGGCCGACCACCACGGAAGAAGAGGGGAACUCUUGCUGCAUCCAUUUCUCCAUCGCCCCCAGGCAUCCAUAAAAGGAGGAGUACUCAGCCCAAAUCAGGGAAGCGGGGCGUGCUCAAGCGGCCCUGGUCGGAGGCGGAGCGUGUUGCCGUGGAGACACACCUGAAGCGGAACAUCGUGGAGCUGCGGGUCCCUGCCAAGGCUGACUGCGAGCGCUGUCUAGAGCUCUGCCCCCUGCUGGUCAGCAACCAGCGAGACUGGCGGGCCAUCAAAUUCUACGUCCACAACCGCAUCCAGCUGCUGAAGAAGCAGGGGAGGAGAGAGAGCGCCAGCUCAGUUUGCUAGAUCUAGAAGGAGUCAAAGGAGGACACUUGUACAUGCGCGCACACACACACACACACAAAUCGUAUCAUCGACACCACCAGCAAGCACAGUGAAGAGACUGCAGUCCUGGUUAUGGUGGAGUGGCGCAGCUUAUAUUCCUCUUUUUCUAAAGUUGACUUUGUUUUGUUGGCCCCCCCAUGCAGUAUGUGGCGCUAGGCACACUACCAGUCCUAGUCCCAUUGCCCCAGUUCAUGAGGGAUUAGUGUAAUGAAGCUGAGGCUACGGCUGGAGGAUGGUGGUGUUGAGGGAAAACUCCAGUCCUCAGCUUGGGGGCGCCCAUGCCUGUUUUUGAGAUGUCUUUCUUUAAGUGGUUAAACUGAAGGUGUGCGUGAAGGCAGGGUGAACAUUCUAGUGCCCACUUCUUCUGCUUAAGGCUGAUGACCAAACGUGAAUGUGGAAAAGAGGUGGAAGAUGAAACCAGUUGUUCUAACCCGGGGGAAAAAGAAAAAAAAAACCCUGUAGAAUUAUCCCACGUCUUAUAGACUGAGACACACGUCAACUGUACAGUUUGUGUUUGAUAUAUAGAUCUAUAUAUAUAAUUCACUGGCGUCUUGCCCCUGCAGCCUGUGGCUGUCAUAGCUGACGCAUGUAGUCAAGUGUAUUCUUCAACGUAUUGGACCAUGAUGCACCUGUGAAGUGGUUCUCGAAUACCUCUGUACCACAAUCGUAGUAAAACUAGUAUGUAUCGAGGCACGCCUACUUGAAUUUGUUUAUUGCAUAUCAUGUCUUUUUUUUUAAAGUCUUUUACUUCAAAAUCAACAUAUUGUGUUAUUCCCGAUGUAAAUACUAACCGGCGGUAGUGGUUACAAAAUUGGUAUUGUGCUAUGCUGUACAUACUGUAAAUACUACCUGUACUUAUUAAA